AUGUUUUCCGGAAUUUUUGCCCAAUAUUACGCCGUGGCAUGUGCGAAUUUGAUGACUUUCAUCUAUGGGAUUGCCGUUGGAUGGCCCUCAGCUUCUUUGCCGCUUCUGAAAUCCAGUGAGACGCCUCUUCAGGAGUAUGGACCGUUGACACUUUUUGAAGCUUCGUGGGUUAGUUCGGUGUUGUGCAUUGGAGGAGCGAUCGGAACUUUAUUUUAUGCCUGGAUUGCCUCGAGAUAUGGAAGGAAAUUUGGGAUUAUGUCGAGUUUUGUACCGAUGAUUAUCUCCUGGCUCCUCAUCGAAUACGGCACGACUUUCUCCAGCCUCUUCUGUUCGAGAUUCCUCACAGGCUUUGCCGGAGGAGCUCCUUUCCAGAUCGUCCCGCUCAUCGUUAGCGAAGUUUCGAGUGUUGAAAUUCGUGGUUCACUCGGAUCUUUAUUAAUUUUACUCCAUAAUGGAGGCGCCAUCGUCGGAAUCGCCCUCAGCAGCUACACAAACUUUUAUUUUUUGCCCUGGAUUCCGAUCGUUUUGUGUUUUGUCUUUCUCUUGGGAUACAGUUUCGUGCCAGAAACCCCGAAAUAUCUCAUGAGUUGCGGAAAAGACGCUUCAAAAUCGCUAAAAUUCUUCCAAGGAACAGAUUUCGACCCAAAAAUUGAAGAAAAAAGUGAAGAAAGUUACAAAAUGCGACUUUCAGACAUUUGUGAGCCGGCAACGAGAAAAGCUUUGAUUAUUGGAACGAUUUUGAUGAACAGCGUGGUCUUUACGGGAGCUUUUACUUUGGCGAAUUAUUACGAAACGAUCUUUAAAGAAGCGGGAUCUUCGUUAUCGCCAUCAGCUUCGAGUUUGGUAGUUUGUUCCAUUCAAUUUGCCGGCACUUGUUCGGCUUCUUUGACCGUGGAGCGUCUCGGAAGGAAAAGUUUAGUCUUAAUUUCAGCUUUUUCAGCGGCUUUUUUACUCGCCGUCAUGGGAUUUCAUUCAUUUUUGAAGACAGCAUUGCUUGUUGAUGUCACUUCUGUGGCUUGGCUUCCUCUGGUUUGCUUGUCACUUUUAGUUUUUGUCGCCGCAAAUGGAGCCACAUCGAUUCCCUUCGUCAUUAUCGGCGAAAUUUUCGCUCAAAACGUAAGAGGACCUCUUGUGUCGUGGUGCGUCAUCGUAAAUUGGCUCAUGAGCUUCGUUGCGGUCUUAAUUUUUCCCUACAUGAUGGAAUACCUGAAGAUGUACGGCGCGUUGUGGGUAUUUUCCGUCAUUGGAGCGUCGCUGAUGACAAUUAUCGCCGUCAUUAUGCCCGAAACGAAGGGAAUUCCCAUCGAGGUGAUUGUCGAAAGGCUCAGGGGAACGAAGGAAAUCACGUGAAACGCACCAGAUUUCGUUUGUAAAUUAUUUAACGCGCAUGUUUCGACUGCCGUACACCUUCAUGGAACGUCACGCAGCCGAAUAGUUAAUGAUUGUAAUGUAAAUAGUCACUUUGUACAGCAAAAUAAUUUUAGUUUAGAAUGGUGUCACUGUCACUGGGUUAGUAGGACAGGGUAAAUAACUACUUUUUUUUGUACGUUUAUGCAAUAAAACUAGAAAUUGAACGAUUUGACGUCAUUUGCUGCUAUGUGGCCUCUUACGAUCAAGUGGUAGGAAUCCCUCGCGAUAUCGGCUUAUCGAUGUCUAAUCGGAAAUUGUUGCGGGAAUUUGUUAGAAAAUCAUGAAAAAUUA